AUUCCAAAACAUUUGUUGCUCUAACUACGUCGUUGAAAGCCUUACAGGUGCCAGCGCACAAUUUCCAAGGAAUUGGCAAGGCGUGUUGCUGAAACGCUUCCCUGUGACCUAACGAGUCAGUUCAGCUCUAGCGUGUUGAAGGAUUUCGACGAACGCCUGUACGACCACUUCCAUGUCCCAGUGCAAGAGGACAACAACGCAGCUUUCGCUCCUCUACUGAAGGUGUACAGUAGCCUACAUCCACAUCUGACUCUACGCGGACAAGCCAAUAUCCACUUUUCUCCGUUUUUGAUCGAUUUUGUGCUGGAUCCAUGUUGGGAUGUUAAUUAACAUGUGGCGAAAAACAUGAGAGAUCAUGUUGAUGACAUUGCAUCCACGCUCCCAUGGCCAGCCCCCGUCCUCAGCCAGGCAGCCUCCACUCCCUCCUCCUCCCCCUGGUACAACACGUCAUGCGGGCCCCCAAUCACUGAGGACCCCCAGGUCAACUACACGUGCGGCAGCAGCGACCAAAACUUCAAGUACAUGGCCUACACGCUGACCUACAGCGUGGUCUUCCCCGUGGGCUUCGUGUGUAACUCGGCUGCCCUCUUCGUGUUCCUGCGGCUCACCCGCAAGCGCACGGCCAACACGGUCUUCAUGGUCAACCUGGCGCUCUCGGACGUGGGCUUCUCGCUCACGCUGCCCUUCCGCCUGGUCUACUACUUCCGCGACUGCCUCUGGGACUUCCCCGACUGGCUGUGCCGCCUCUGCGUCUUCGCCUUCUACGUCAACCUCUACACCAGCGUGCUGUUCCUGACGGGCCUCAGCGUGCUGCGCUACGUGGCCAUCGUGCACCCCCUGCGCAACCGCCGCCUGGUGACAGUCAAGCGGGCCGUCUGGGCGUGCGUCUCCAUCUGGCUGUUUGUGGCGCUGCUCUCCGUCCCCUUCCUCAUGUCGGGGACCCUGGUGCGUGGCGGCCAAGUGCGCUGCUUCGAGCCGGACACCCCCAAGUCCUGGUUCCGCAUCCUGGUGCUGAACUACGUGGCGCUGGUGCUGGGCUUCCUGCUGCCCUUCCUCACCAUCCUGGGCUGCUACGGCAGCAUCAUCCUGAAGCUGCUGAACGGGCCCAAGGUGCCGCAGCGCAGCCUGAGGAAGCGGCGGCGCUCCACCUACCUGAUGGCGGUGAUCCUCAGCACCUUCCUGCUCUGCUUCCUGCCCUACCACCUGCUGCGCUCGCUGCACGUGCACGCCAUGGUGCAGGGCUGGGACUACCGCGUCACCGCCUGGCUGCUGCGGCUCAUCGUGGUCACCCUGUGCCUGGCCGCUUCCAACAGCUGCCUCAACCCGCUGCUCUACUACUUUGCCGGCGAGUCCUUCCGCACCACGGUGCGCACCCACACCACCAUCCGGUCAUCGUCUUUCAACACCACGCUCAACCAGGGCAGUUUCCGCUCGACCUUCGGUUGGAGGAGGACGACCCACACCCCUACUAACAACAACAACGGCCACCAAAUGGCUCUUCGACCUGGUACAAGGGACUCUCUGAAGAUGACCAGUGAUGAUGAGUUAUAGGCUAGACUGUCACCAGAGGCGUUCAUAAUGACUUUACUGACCCACCCACACUUUUAUUUAUCAUGCCUAUGUGCACCUAACAUAGGGAAUUUCCUUGAAGGUAAUUUGAUUUUCCAGCAGGUUCAGUGAAUGUAUGGGAUCCUUACCUCUGAUUUUAUAACAUAAGGGUAAUGGCCUCCUUAUGUAGGACAGUAAAUGUGAACCAGGGCUAUGAAUGUGCACCUGAAAAGGGUAUUUGCACUCUUAAUCUGGGCAUGGUUUAUGCCGUUGAUAACGAUUGACUUUAUCCUUCAGGAAGACAGUUUUUUAUUUGAACUUUGAACUUCUGAAGUUUGAAAAUAGAACACGGAAACCAGGAUUGAGAUUCCCUUUUCUGAGAGUUAAAGGAACAUUGUCAUGCACUGGAUGACAUAAGUGGGCCAUGUUCAGGCUGCACUAGAAAGAAGACUUUACAAGAACUUAAGUAGUGUCAUAAAAACGGGAGACAUUUUAAGACCGAACAGAAGGAAGUCCCAUGUGUCAUUAUGCUUAAAGGUCGUGGUAUAUGUACUGUAUACGUUUUCCCCUUUCCCUUGGACUUCUAGCUUAUCCCAUUUUUCAGGCAUUGACAGCUGCGCUUGGCUGGCUUGGUGAAAGACUUACUUUAUUUGGGCAAGUGCUGCGUAACUGGAUUGAGACAAAGCAGAGAAUGUUUCAGGAUGCUGUAACUAUGUUACCGUGGCUCCCAGCGAAAUUACACAGAAUUAUAGAAUAGGCCAUCUGGAGACAAAGACCACGCUUCAAUUAUCCUCUGUCAAAAACGAUUCCAACAUUAUGCACUAGAAGCUUGAGCACUGUGGACAGAAAGGUAGUGGUGGAAGUGGCUUCCCCACCCUUGUGUGAUUGGUGAAAUGGAUGAUGUGUAAAUAUGUCCGUUAAGGCAGUGUUUCCCAACCUUUUUUGUCUUGUGUACCCCCUAUGCCUUUUCGUUGUGCCAUGAGUACCCCCUAAGUCACAUUCUAUAUCGCUUGCUCUAUUCCGAUGUAACUAAGCUCCAUACAUUUGUUAAAAUUGCAUCUUUCCAAGUAGCCUACCCCCUGCAGUGUGCUCACGUACCCCUAGUGGUACACGUACCCCUGGUUGGGAAACACUGCGUUAAGGGGCUAAUAAAGGCAUUUGAACCAUCUACAACAAACCAAACCCAUGUGAUUCUAACCGUGGCUGCAAUGACCAUGAUAUAAUGAUGAAUAAUGAAAGAUUUACUGUAUAUGAAGGUAAUAACUGUGGUGUUAAAAUGUGUCUUUGUAAUGGUGAGUGUUUGUUGUCCAAUCUAUCCCCCCAUGGAAAGCAAAUACAAGAAGAAUUACGUACCCCAACCCAUUGCUAACCCUAUCAGUACGUCGCUAUGGGAGCACACAAGGUGGAACUGAGUUCUAUUUGGAUUGUUUUUAAGCUCAAGCGACCAUGAUCUUAUUUUGGAGAUAGCCUAGCUUGCAUCCUGCUAUGCAAGGCACCUAUAGUAUAAC